UCGCAGAGCAUUGGACUUUGUCCUGUGGGUUGGCCAAGGGAAUUAGGACAAAAGGUACUAGUGAAGUAACUUGGUGAAAGCCCGACUGACGGUCUUGAUUUUAAAAAAAAAACCCUAUUGAGACUUCGAAACAAGAUCAUUCAUCUCUUCCUCCCCUCUUCACCCUCCCCCUCAAACCUCAUCCCACCCUAAAAACUCCCCAAACCUUACCCUGCUUGCCCAUACCGUUAUAGCAUCCAUCAUCCCCGUCCGCUUAAAACGGUUCCCUCGAUCUCUACACUCCUUGCCGUGUCCCGUCAAGUCUGCUGCUUUGCUGCUACACACACGCACACACACACCAUCUUUUUUUUGUGCUCUGCUGCAGCUAUUCGCCGCCCCCGCCGUUGCUGCUUAUUCACACACCCGCUAUAUGCUUCUUUCCUUUCCCAGGCACGUUCUCUCAACGUGAACUUUGUCUUUCAUCCCACAUCCCGCUACCAUCACCCUUCUCCCUAAAGCUCCCCUUCCUACUACUUAGAACACACACCCCAGUCCAUGCCACUACUGCUGCACCCUACUUCGUACCAUUACUAGCACUUUGGUUUCUUACAAUCUACCGAGUUUACAGUUUAUUCGCCGAAGGAACCUGGCCAAUUGAGCCAACAAUCUCUGCCGCU